AUGUUAAUGGGAGCCAGUGAGUUUGACUCACUACCAUCCGGGCUAUCCGCGAACUGCGGGUUCGAUUCCUCCCACUGGGAGUUGCUUGGGAACGGUGACAUGUGUUCCUUUCCCAUUGAGUUAUUGCAGUCAUCACGGCAGAACUUAUUGUGCAACCCUGAGAUACCUCCAAUAGCCUUGGAUGCAUACGUCUCUCCGGUAUCGCUCUCACAGUCUUGUAAAUGCGAUGACGAGGUCUCCGAUCUAGUAAGGAGCCUGGGCCGUGUGGAUAUGUCACACAAUAUCAUCCCGAUGCUUCGCACAGGCGUGUCCCUCACAGAAAGAUUAUUGACAUGUCCCAUGUGCUACGACGUGUCCAAACCGCCUCGAGCAACGGUUCAAAAUGUGCUACUCAUCGGCCAGCUGACGUUCGAGAUAACAUCUGGCUACCAAAAGUACCUCCGCUGGUUAAAUGAAUACUGUGCUAAGAUCGAUAUCAGUAACGAGACUAGAACAGUCUACCUGGACUCCGGGCUUGGAAUCCCAUCGGAGCUGACUUUGCAAAUCAACGGCGAGAAACUGCGAGAUCUCGUGGUGCAUGGACUACAGAAAGAUACCGAACGGCUUUUGGUGCUGGGGAAACAGUUUGCGCAGCGGCAACGCAACCGCCAUAUGGUCGGCCACGAAGCUUGUCCUAAUUCUGAAGGCCUUUGUCGGAGAAAGGAGGAUACUGUUGACCACGACCCGCUUGAUCUCUGCCCACACGAUCCGGUAGCGCGGAGAUUGGUUCCUUGUUUCCGUAUCGUUAAUGAGGUUCGCGGAAUGAUCAAGCAAGUUGCAGAUGUCGUUAUGUAA